AGUUUCUCAUAUUUCACUUCGUGUUCAGUCAGUGUUCGUCAAGAGGUUACGGGCAAAGCGACUUUGGUUACGGGUAUCGUCCAAACAACGCUGCCUCAGCGUGUGUAGUUUUGCAGUACGGUAAGUUGGGAAAUAUGAAUACACUCACCGUCGACGUGUUAUUAAAAGCCUAUGGAGAACUUGUGGAACAACGACCUUUACUAACUCAAACAGGCACAGCAGGUAUCCUCACAACAUUUGCUGAUGUCAUCUCACAAAAACUAGUUGAGCAAAAAAAAGGUUGUGACCUUCGACGAACAACCAUCAUGGCAGCAUGUGCUUUAAUGUAUCUUGGUCCUUUAGUUUCAAUGUGGUAUGUGUUUCUGAGUAUGCGUGGAUAUUCAACAGGAGUCAAUGUCUUUUUGGAUCAGUUCAUUAUGUCUCCACCCCUCCUUUUCGGAUUCCUUGUUUUGCAAACCAUAUUAUUUGGUCAAGGAACGAAGGCUAUGAAACAUCGUAUCAGAUAUGAUUUACCUGAUGUUUUGAAGAUUAAUUGGCUGAUAUGGAUCCCAGCUCAAAUAGUGAAUUUUCAAUUUGUUCCUUUCCAAUACAGGAUGUUGUAUUCACAAAGUAUUGCACUUUUUUGGAAUUGUUACUUGUCAUAUAGGACUAACAACAAAACACGAAUUCAACCUAUGGAGAGCGUCAUGUAGGUGAGACAAGGUUGAAGGGGGUGGAUAUUGUUAUAAUGUGGAUGGAGGAUUAACAAGUACAUUGCUCCUGACUCAAAUGUAUUAAAAGGGGAAAAAAUAUUCGGAAUAAUAGAAUUGUGAUCAUGGCAGAAGCAGAUAUUCCUAUGAAGCAGUAUUAAACCUCAGUCUAACACUUCUAUAGUGCCAGUGUCAUUGCUUAGUGUAAUAUGCUAUAUAGAACUAAUAUUGCAAGUGUAUUUGGAGUAUUCUGGUAUGGUACCAGACAUUUCUAUGUAAUUUUGGUGGGAUUGUGAUUUUUAUCUUUUAAACAUUGCAGUGUAGAUUUUCUUCAAUUGUUAUUGUAAGCAACUAAGUGCAAUACUGCCUCGCAGAUCUUUAAGUUGUCUGAUAACUUUUUUAUGUAGCGUCUGAUAACUUGUUUAUGUAACAUACCUAAGUUUAUUCUUCAACAAAUCAUUUUAUGAUUUAAAUUUCAUAAGGAAGCGUUAUUUUAUCAUUUAACUAUCCAAUUAUUAUUUUUUGCUUUCGUUGUAAUAUACAUUGGUAAAUUGCCAUAAAUUAAUGUGAUGGCCAUACAAACCAGUGUUGUGUAGACUCUACCAAUCUUUUCCAUGACACGAGUCAUCUAAAAUAAUUGACUUGUCUCAAAGAGUUGGCCAGAAGGGCUUGACUAGAGAUUCAAAAAAAAAAUUUUGAUGAAGCACUAUUUGCUGUGUUGUAGAUGUUACACUGGAAAUAUCUUAUUAAAGUACCAAACUCGAAUAGUUAUUGUUGGCACCGAUAUAAAAGUUGUCAAUACAUGAUUAAGUUGGUUUAAUGGAAGUUACAAAUCUUAGUGUCAAUAUUACUCAUAUUUAUCCAUUCCAGUUUUGUUUUGAAAUCCACUAUGACUCUGACCACAUUUUUGAAAUUUCUGCAACUCUGGGAUUUGAAUCAAGGCUCUGAGAUGACCUGUGACUCUGGCUUCAGAGACUUUUUUCACCCGAAUGCUUCUGUUUGCAGUAUAUAAUGUUCACACUUUUGUAUGAAACUAUAAUGCAUAUGUUCCCGCCCCUUCGUUGGAAGGGGGCUAAUCACAGAACUGAAUAGGUCAUGAUUUUUUAGAAUCUUAACAAAAUAAGUAAACUGAUGGCUGACUAUUCAAAAUAAAUAUGUUUAGGAUAAAGUGUUGCUUUCUGCAACCCGUCCUACGUUUAUCCCAUCUAUUGAGGUGUUUGAUUUACCAUGGUUCUAUAGAGAUUAAUUUGUCUGAAUUACUGAUUUAUGUUAUGUCACAGGUGUUUAAUUUACCAUGAUUUUCUCGAGAUUAAUUUGUCUGAAUUGCUGAUUUAUAUUAUGUUUUCAUUAAUCUUUCAUGCAGUUGGUUUCCAGCAUUGGGGCUUUUUAAGGCUUAUUACAAAAUUUUCAAUUAAAUAUGCUUUGACAUGCAAGACCACAAUCCUAAAAAUCGUGGCAAAUAUCAGGUCUUUUUUUAAUCAAUACACUCUGAAACCCGUUCUGG